AUGCUUUCCCGAAACACUCUCCGGUUACCCUCCCGGGUGCCUAUCACUUGCCAUAUAAUCCCCUGUCGGCCUUUCGUCCGAAAUAACACCACAAACGCGCUCCAGAAUCCCGCCAUUCAACCAUCCCGAUGGAGGCGAUCCCCAUGGACGCGCCGUCUAAUAUACGCAGGAAUAUUCUGGGCUGUGGGUGCCUCUCUGGGACUUGGCAUAUCAACUGAAUCUGCACCACAGCCAAUUCCGGGGUCUGUGGAGGAUCAGUUGAAGUUCCUAGAGACGGAACAAUUCCUCGACAGUCUUACUCUCGUGCAAGACUUGCGGAGGAACCCAGAUUGUACGGAAACUGUCGCAUACGAAAGCUUUGGCCCUGAACAAAAACUCCAUCGUCUGACAUCUGGUCCCAUGGCCGGAACCCCUCACUCUGUGCCGAGACAUUGUGAUCAAAUCUUGUCUAACCGAUUGUUUUCUGUACAGAGAGUGUUCUGGAACGAAAAGGAGAAAAAUCUUACUAGUGUCGUCUUCUUGGGGAACGGCCUCGAAGGGUUUCCGCUUCUCGUCCACGGGGGUGCCCUUGCCACUGUGAUAGAUGAAAAUCUUGGACGUGUAGCUAUUCGACACUUCCCAGCACGUACUGGCGUUACUGCUAACCUCAAUAUCAACUACCGCCACCCCACAUUCUCGAACAUGUUCUAUUCCCUACACACAACCCUGGACCUAGAACGGAGCACAGACCGGAAGGCAUAUGCUACUUGCCAGGUGCGUGACUUGUCCGGGAAAGUAUGUGUCGAGGCUAGCGGUCUUUUUGUUGUUCCAAGGAAUUUCGCUCUGGCGGAAGUUGGACAUUUCUAG